ACGGGCUUUUACCGGAGGUCAUUCGCACACUUCAGCCCCUGAUUGGGUCUAUCUCGGGCCGACAUCGCCAGAAUAUGCCUUUCCCCAGAUUUUCUCCCACCCUCAUGAUGUCUUUUGCAAAUCCGGGGAAAAUGUUCUUUUGAGACUAAUACAUGGGAUGUCACCUUAAAAGGCGCGUGGGCCCCCGUUCGAUUGUGGGAUCCUAAGGCUCCGGAUUGCGAGCAGCUUCCGAUAACGUUUUCCCAAUCUUCUCUACAUUCUUGAGUCCUCGAUUGAUUAUGUCGGCCACUUCGUCCAAGGACGAUGGCACCACUCGGGUUGCGGAUGUUGACACCACGCCCGAGGCAAAGCGUGCCACCGAGGCCGAGCAUCAGAUGACCUUUUGGCAGAGUCUGCGAACUUAUCCGCAUGCUGUCGGCUGGUCUAUCCUGUUUUCAACGGCGCUGGUGAUGGAAGGGUACGACAAUGCCCUGGUCUCCAGUUUGUUUGCAUAUGGGCCGUUCCAGCGUGCAUUUGGAGACGAACAGCCCGAUGGAAGUUAUCAAGUAACUGCUGCGUGGCAGUCCGGUCUCAACAACGGCGCCCUUGUGGGUGAGGUACUCGGCUUGUUCGCGACCGGCAUCAUCGUCGAGAAGUUCGGCUAUCGCAAGAGUCUUAUUGGGGCCCUGGUGGCCUGUGUGGCUUUUAUAUUCGUUAUCUUCUUCGCGAAGACUCUGCCCGUUCUCUUAGUUGGUGAGAUUCUCAUCGGCAUUCCCUGGGGUCUCUUCCAGACAGUUACAACAACCUAUGCGUCCGAAGUAUGCCCCGUGGUACUGCGACCGUACCUGACGACAUACGUGAAUCUUUGUUGGGUGAUGGGACAGCUGAUUGCCUCAGGUGUCCUCAAAGCCAUGCAAGGUCGCGCCGAUCAGUGGGGCUACAAGAUUCCAUUUGCUUUACAAUGGAUGUGGCCUGUCCCCAUUGCGAUCGGAGUUGCUCUUGCGCCCGAAUCCCCAUGGUGGCUCAUUCGCAAAGAUCGUCCCGAAGAUGCGCGCCAUGCUCUACAACGUCUGACAGUUCCUGGCCGAGACCCCAACUUCAACGCAGACGAGACCAUCGCCAUGAUUCGCAGUACAAAUGAGCUUGAAAAGCGCAUGACACAGGGGACGUCCUACCGCGACUGUUUCCGUGGCGUGGAACGGCGCCGUACGGAAAUUGUAUGCUUGACUUGGGCAGCUCAAUCGCUAUGCGGAAGUGGCCUCAUGGGCUACUCUGCAUAUUUCUACGAGCAAGCCGGGUUGGCCACUAGCAAUGCAUUCACCAUGUCGAUGGUGCUUUAUAUUCUGGGUGCCAUUGGCACAAUCAGUUCGUGGCCUCUGAUGACUAAAUUUGGUCGCCGAACCCUCUAUGUAGGAGGCUUAGGUUUCAUGCUGAUCCUACUACUCAUCAUCGGUUUCCUGGGUAUCAUUUCAAGAAAAAGUGUCCCGGCUCAGUGGGCCGUUGGGUCCUUACUCCUCAUUUAUGCUUUCACCUAUGAUGCUACCGUUGGACCUAUCUGCUACUCUUUGGUCUCGGAGAUGAGCUCAACACGCCUACGCACUAAGACUAUUGUCCUUGCACGCAACCUGUAUAAUAUCUGCGGCCUCAUCACCAACAUCAUCACACCACGCAUGCUCAACCCAUCCGCGUGGGAUUGGGGCGCAAAGGCAGGCUUCUUCUAUGCAGGAUUGUGCCUUAUGUGUCUUUUGUGGGCAUUCUUCCGCCUUCCGGAGCCCAAGGGACGUACUUACGCUGAACUUGAUCUGCUAUUUGAACAACGUGUUUCAGCACGCAAGUUCAGCUCUACUCGUGUGGAUCCUUUUGCGAAUGAACGCGAGAGCCCACUGGCGAGGAAGAUGGAAAAGCCGUUUACUGAAAUUGUUGAGAAGAUAUAGUUAUUGGAUAUGAAAGCACCAAUGGAGAAGGGCCUUCGCUGGAUUCCUGACCGUUUUCAAUGUAUAUACGUCCAUAUUGAGUUGAUGGUUAGCCAAACGACACACUUAAUGACCAAACUAUUCCUGAGCACUCCU